AUGACCGGACCAUUGAGCCUUAUCGACGACCAGCGACUGUCCGUCGAAGCUCCGAGCUCCGUAUACCCAGACCUCGCACCCUACUCCUCUGCUGCUUCAUUUAACCUUCCGGCGCACUGCGACCCCUCGCUGCUAACUCCCAACUCGACUGCUGGAUCGCCUCUUCUGCUGCCGGGCUCGGAAUUUCGGCCUCAAUACCCUUCCCCAGGAACCCCACACAAGGAGCUCACACCCCCAGAUUCUACCAGCAUGUAUCCGUUCCAGAACCAAUUCGAAAUGAACAGCCAAACAAGCCAAAGCGGUUCUCCAAUGACCCAGCCCACGUCCACUCCUGGUGAUUUUGGCGAGUCGUCCUACGUAGUAGACGGCCGACGAACCCCCAACCCUCCCACCGAAGCAUACAUGGGCUCCUUCGGCGUGUCAGACGGCACACUGCCCCAUGGACUACAGCACCAAAGCAGCCCUUUCUACAUGAUGCAAAACGCGCAGCCUGUAGACCACAUGCUAAGGGACGACCAUUCAAUUCCUCUCGAUGUUCCACGCAACAUGACUCGCUCAUUGCCUCUGCAUUACCACCACCACAUCAAGUCGGAGCCUCGAGAGGGCGACGAGCCACUUUUCUCCUUGAGGUCUGGCGGCACCUACCCGCCUAUCGGAUCUCCGUCUAGGCACUCCCGUACAGCAUCCAGGGUCCGCAGCAGAAAACGGAGCGCAGCCAGCCGCAGGUCUAUGCCAACCCGCCCCUUAGUUCAGGCACGCGAGCCCGUCGAGGAGAACACAAACUGCCACGGAGAAGAGGUGCCGCCGCUCUUGAAGGACGGCUGCCCGGCUGAGGAAAGGUGCAUUUUUGAAUCGCGCUGGCGCCAUCGCAACCAGAAGGGCCAAGACAUGUGGAACAGUGUCAUUAGGGACCAUGCCAAGGCGUUCGGUUCCAAAGCCAUCACGAAGGAGAAGCUGCAAAUGAAGUACAACCGUGGUCGGCCUAGGUGGUACCAAUGGCUCGAUGAUGAUGAGAACAUCCUUCGUCGAGCCUGGUGGAUCGUUGAGAAAGAGCGAUACCAGACAAUCCUCAACAAGUUCAUUGAACUUGGCGGCUCCCGCAACAUGAAUGCGAGCGAAAAAGACAUCGAAGCGAAGCUUGUCGAAUUGAACCUUGAACAGGACAUUUACAUACAGCCGUUGGAGGACACUAGCGUUCGCAGGCGGCGCAAGCUGUCAGACAAGGGCAAGCGAUACUUUGAGCACUCGGAAAUUGCCCACGGGACCCCUACCCACGGCUUCCAGAAUACGCGCCACCAGGAUGAAGUCAUCCACCAGAUUCAGAUGCAACAGCAAUGGGAGCAUGGCUCCCUCAUUACGCCUGAUUCCAUCCAGGUUCAGGUGCCCGAGCGCCGUACUGUCAAAAUGGAAUCUGGCGCGGCAGCCCACACUCGUGGCGCAUUUGACCGAGCGAAGAAAGAGUGA